GCGUCCUACCUAGCAUGCGGCCUUCGAAACGAGACACAGCUCCUUUCGACGGUCCAAACGCCAGUUCAGAUGGCGUCAGUGCACCAUUAGUUUUCCAAACGCCACAGAUCUCUUAGAAGACCAGAACCCUGUAGAAGGCAGCUGAAGUUCACCUGCAAUUUAAUUUGAAGAAAUGGCAACGAAACGUGCAUUUUGCUUCCGUGUGGUCACAGUGGCUGCAGAGAGUUUGUGGAGAACUUCUGGACGAUUAAGAACUCCAGACAAUGUCCACUGUCCAGAAAAAUAUCGUCAGUCGAUCCUCCACUAAACCUCACUCUGAAACACUUAUGUCAGGCUUUCCUGGAUCACAGACGGCAUUUGGAGGAGCAGUGUGAAGUCUACAAGCAGAAAUUGAGUCUGGUGUGUUUGGAAGAUGAACAGCACUUGUGUGAUGUUUGUAAAGUCUCGGAGGAACACAGAAACCACACACACUAUCCCGUACACGAGGUCGCUGAAGAACAUAAGGAAGUUCUUCUGAUUCAGCGUGAUCUUUUGACGAGAAAAGUGAAGAUGAUUCAAAAUGCCACAUAUGAAUAUGACUGUAUGGCCAUGCACAUGCAGCAUGAGACCAUGUUGGUAGAGAAGAACAUCAAGGAAGAUUUUAAGAAGCUGCACCAGCUUCUGAAUGAAGAAGAAAAGGCCAUGCUUGGUGAAUUAAAACAGGAAAAAGAUGAGAAAUUGCAGAGAAUGAAAGACAAAAAGACAAAUAAGUCUCUUUCUAACACUAUUAGAGACUUGGAAAGAGAAUUAGAUUGUGCAGACAUAAGAUUACUUCAGAACUUCAAGUACAUUUUGAAGAGAGCCAAGCACACACUCGAGGAUCCAAUGAUGGCCGCAGGAGAGCUCAUUAAUUCUGCAAAAUAUCUGGGCAACUUAAAGUUCAGUGUUUGGAGGAACAUCAGAAUAUCUAUCAGUUACAUUCCUGUGAUACUGGACCCUAACAUGGUUAACUAUGAACUUGAACUCUCUAAAGAUCUGAGUCAUGUGUGGAACCCCAAUGAGAUUGCGGCUGAUGAAUACUUGGCAGGUGUGCCGCUUCCCAAAAACCUGGAGAGAUUUGAUUGUUGCCCUUGUGUUCUAGGCUAUGUGAGCUAUUCCACAGGGACACACACGAGUUGUUGAGGUGAAUACGAAAACGUGUCCUGGAUGUUAGGUGUCGCCACAGAGUCUGUGGAAAGAAAAGCAAAAGGCCGCUUUCUCAGUGGAGUCUGGUGUAUUGGAUGUGAAGGUGAAAUGCUCAGUGCAAAGAAUCCUCUGGAGUCAAACAUCCCUCUGUGUGGAUUUCAAAAACCCAAACAAAUGAGGGUGACAUUGGACUUGAGUGGAGGAGAGCUGUCGUUCUCCGAUCCUCAGAGCGAUGAGCUGUAUCACACCUUCACACACAAUUUUACAGAGAAGGUGUUUCCAUUCUUCUACACUGAAAGCUACUGUGGUCUCAGAAUUCUGCCUGUGGAUUGGCCCUUAAACGAAGAGAUCUGAAGUGAAGAGGUCUGAAGUGAAGAGCUUUUGGCUGAAUAGAGAUUUGGUGUGAGUCAGCGUUAAAGUAAUACUCCGGGUUCAAUACAAGUUAAGCUUAAUCGACAGCAUUUGUGGCAUAAUGUAUUUAUUUACUUUUACAAUAAAAGUGAUUUGAUUGAUUUGAUUUUAAUGUUGAUUACCACACACACACACUUUUUUUUUUUUGACUCAUCCCUCCUAAUCUUUAAAAAAAAAAAAAAAAAAAGCACAAAUCUGUGUUACAGUGAGGGACUCAAUGAAAGCGAAUAGGGGGCCAAUCCGUAAACGUUAAAAUAGUCACUGUUUCAAAGUAUAGCCACAAGACGUAAACAAUAUGCAUAUUAACAGGAUUUUUGUGUCAUAAAUUCGUUUACUAACCUUUUCUGUGUAAAGUUAUGGCAAUUUUACAACUUCGUUGCUAUUACGAUGUAACGCUGUAAACACAAACCCUAAAACAACCAUAAAAAUGACGAUUUAAACAACUUUACAGCUUAAAUAAGUUUUAACAGAUUAAUGUACGUGCUUUUAUAAAAUAUAUAAGCUUCACAUUUCUGCGUUUAAACCCUCCAGAAAUUGGCCCCCAUUCACUUUGUUAGUGCCUCACUGUAUCCUCCAUUUUUGCUUUUUUUUAAUUAUUUUAUAUAUAUAUAUUAAUUAUUAAUUUACAAUUAAGAGUCAAAAGUAUUUUUUUGUGGUUAUCAAUAUUAUGCCACAAAUGCUGUCAGUUGAGCUUAACUUAUAUUGAACCAGGAAUAUCUCUUUUAUAUUUCUUAGUUGGCCUUGUUCUGAGGUUGAUAUUUACAGUCUUGGGUCCCAUUGCUUACAUUACCUCGUUUCAGUUUGUGAUGACUUUUGGAGAAUGUUCAAGAGUAAGCUAAUAAUUUGGUUCAAGUGUGUUAUUAUUAUUAUUGGUAUAUUAUGUUGAAUCUUUAUUUUCCACCUGUUAUAUUGAGGUUAGAGAAAUACCUCACUGAAAGACAAUAUGUCAUUUUUCAAUUUGAGUGCCUUAAAUUAGAGUUCUACAGAACAGUGCUGUAUUUUCUUUAUUAUUAUUAUUAUUAUUAUUAUAAAGGACUAAUAUUAGAAAUGUUAAAGAAUUCUGCUAUGAAAGAGUGGAUUGAGUCUUUGUAUAUAUUAGAGCAACAACCUCUAAAUCCUACAUAAGAAUAAAAAU